AUGAGUGACAUGCCGGAUUCACCAUUGUCGUCGAUAUCGUCGUCGGACGAAGCAGACGACAUGAUCAGCACACCGAACCGAUCAGCCAGACCCAGCAUAGACACAGACACGACAGGACCACCGAGCAAGAAACGACGUACGGGCGGCGGACCAGCGCACAUUAGCUCAUCACAUGGCGGCACAAUCAUGGUAGCUGGCGCCGACACAAUAGAAGAGUCGGAAGCAGACAUCAGUUGCGACAGCGAGGGUUCCGCUCCAGGAUCGCCCAGCCAGGACGAGUUUGCAAUGCGCGCGGAUCAAGUCACUACUUGCGCGUGGGAGGGCUGCAGUGUGGGUGAUCUGGCCAACAGCGACGAGCUCAUUGCACAUGUCCAGAACGACCACAUAGCGCCCAAGCGAGCACGCUAUACCUGUGAAUGGGGAGACUGUGCACGCAAAGGCACAAAUCACCCCAGUGGCUACGCUCUGAAAGCACACAUGCGAAGCCACACCAAGGAGAAGCCUUUUUUCUGCCACCUGCCAGAAUGCGAUCGUUCAUUUACCCGAUCUGAUGCCCUCGCCAAACACAUGCGCACAGUCCACGAACCCGAACCUCCACGCGCUGCAGCAACAAAUGCCAAUCCCAUCGAUCCCGCUACCGGCCAGCCCAAGAAGGGCCCAAAGCUACGCCUCUCGAUGAACGGCAAGACACCCAUCAAACCCUCCGUCCCAGAUGUGCCCGUACCUGCACCCACCCAAGCUCCUGACGAUCCAUCACCACCCAUGGACAACAUCCAAUACAUACCCGCGCGUCACCCGAUAACUGGCCAGGCGGGCUUCAUGAUCACAUACCCACCCGACAUACACUUUUCACAGUUUGAGAGUGAAAUUCCUGCGAAUCAGCUCAUGCGGCUGCUCAGACGUCAACUGCAUUGGGCACAGCAAGAGAGCGAGGGCUUGAAACAAGAAGUCGAAGCGCUCGAGGAACAUCAUCGUCAGGAGUGGGCAGCAAAAGAAGCUUUAUUGGAGGGUGUAUUGCAAAGCGAGCUUGCUGCUACAAAACAGCUGGAUGAGACAACGCUGCAUGAGAUGAAGGAGGAAGUUUGGGGACCCGAGUCGAAAGAGCUGGAAUGGACGGGCACACCUCCGUGGCAGAGAGAGGGUAAUCACAAGAUUGAGGAACCAGAGAGUCCGAGGGAUGUGGAUGUGGAUGUGGAUGUGGAUGUGGAUGAUGCGGUUGUGGUUGCGAACAGGGCGGCCAAUGCGCAGCAAGAAAGUGCUUCACAAGCAGAGAGAGACGAGGAUAUGAUGGCUGUUGGUGCCCUAAUGGGUCUUAGUGGUGCCGCUUAA